CCCAUCUCAUGAGCUCGUCGCCGCCGCCGCACGCCCUUUGGUAGCGGAGGAGCGCAUGGCAAUCGUGGCGCUCUAGCCGACACAACUAACGUCUUCUCGGGUCUAGUCCACCGGAUCAUGCCUCCUCGCUGAGGUUUCCCUCCCACUACUCCAGCCGGAGGAGAUUAGCCGAUCGUCUAUCUCGAGAAAAGCCCAUUACACUUCGGCCCGCGAGCCAUUUCGCCGCCGGCCGCCGGCCGCCGCGACGCCUCGGCUCCCCGGAGUUCGCCCGCCGCCGCCGCGUCGACCGCGGCGAUCUCCACCCCGCGACGCCGGCGUCUGCUGCUCCCGCCGCAUCCCCCCGCUUCGCUCGCUGGUGACUCUUGUCACUUGCCAUCAAGCCAUGGAAGACAAUAAUGAUGAAAUUCUUGAUGGGCAAAAUGAAGAAGUGCAAUCCCAAGUUUCUCUUCCUCAAGAUAUUCAGCGGAUUAUUAUUGGUUUCCUACCCGGUAGGACUGUUCUCAAGUUCUGCAGUGUGUGCAAGUUCUGGAGAGACUGCAUUGUAGAACCUGCUUUUGUGGAUCACCACCUCAACUGUGCUCUCCGCUUCCGCCAGGCCAUUGCCUGCUUCACCUCAGUUGAUAACGGUCUUGUCCAGAUGUACAUGUUUGAUCCCAUCACAGUGAACUUCAAAAGAACAGAGCCUGUGUUCUCAUCUAGGUUUCACAUGUCACAACCCUGCAACGGCAUGGUGUGCGCCUAUGAUUUAAAAGGUGCUGCUGAAGUUUUGAAUCCAACAACAAGGAAGCAUUUGACGCUGCCAGCUUCAGAAAGUGUAUAUCAGGCUCAAUAUUCGGAAUAUUUUCUUGGAUAUGUGCACUCUACAAAAGAGUAUAAGGUAGUCGCUCUCCGCCAUUGGAUAAAGCACUUGACAUUUGAAGUCUGCACUAUUGGCACGUUGUCAUGGAGGACGGUACGUGGAUCUGAAGAGGAAGAACUCCUGAAGACAACAAAGCCGGUUGUUGUUAAUGAUGAAAUGCAUUGGCUACUUCUUGAUGAUGAAUCAUCUCACUUUACUCGAAAAAUCCUCUCAUUCAACUUGACAGAUGAGAAGUUUUCAUAUCUUGAUGUCCCAGACAGUGUAAGAGACCGUGAUUUGGAAUUAGUCGAGGGGGAAGGGAAACUUCAUUUAUGGUCUAUGCCUUGUAAAGGGGCAGCAUAUACAGAAUCAGAGAUUUGGCUGGCAGACUCAACCCGGCAAUUCUGGGUUCACUUGCACAAUAUUGCCCAUCCCUCUGUUUUGGGCACGAAGCCAUUUUUCAUGUACAAGAGCAAGCUCUUUCUGGGGAGCCAAAAGAGAUUCAUCUAUAUUGAUAUUUUGGAUGGGACGGUUUGCUACGUUGAUAUUCCUUCUGGUGAAAAUAUCAUAUCUUCUGGCAUGUUUGUGGAGAGCUUUGUACCUGCUUUGACAGGCACAGGCUUGGUGAACUCAAUGACAUUAUUAACCGGUUCUCGUUAUGCUGGGUCAUCAUCAAGAGGCUCUGGACCAUCUUCUCGUGCUGCUGGAUCUUCCUCAACAAGAACUCGACGUUCACCCGCUGCCUCCAGGUGGUCCUCAGCAGUUGUGCAAUCCUCCAAGCGGGCGAAGAGAACAAUAAACUUAGUGUGGAAGAUGUAUACAGAAGGCACAAGCAAGAUUCAGCAGGGGCUAUGAAAUAAUCUCUUUGGACUGUGCAGCAGCUUGAAGCUACCUACCUACAUUCCAGCAAAAGCUAUUGGUCUUUGUAUAUGCCUAUGGCAGAGAAGAAGCAGCUAUUAGCAGUUUAUGAGUAAUGCCUAUCUUGGAGAGAAAAAGGUACACCAUGGAAGUGGUUUGGUAAUUUGGACAGAAGAUAAAGAUCAGAAAAGAUACAGUGAUAUGUUAAUGUGUAUUUCACAUAUGUUUUGCUUUGCUUAAGCCCCUGCCUAUGGGGGCCUUUAUACCAGAAAAUGGAAAGCUAUAUGAAAUAAACCUGUAUGAUUAAGGUACUCUUGUUUUGAUUUGUAGUUGUAAACUGUAUGCCUCCAUUGCACCUGGAGCAUCAGUUAAUCAGUAUAUGUGGCAGGAAAAGAUAAAUACAAACAUCCUUUUGUUUUUGGAAACUAUAUCCAUACAAACUGUUGUUUAAAUACAUAUCAGAUACAAACUGUA